AUGAAAAUUACUGUUAAUAUCGUUGAUGCACUUGACAAGAUUCAUUGUGAAGAUACGAUUCAUAGUGAUUUGCAUUCUGGAAAUAUAUUAUUUUCGCAACUUAUAGAUUUGUGGCUCAUUAGUAAUCUUGGAUUUUAUGGUUCUGCCAUUAAAUUGCAUCUAUGGGAACCUCCUUAUAUAGCUCCUGAAAUUAUUGACGGAAAGGAAUAUAUUAAAGCAUCUGAUGUUUAUAAUCUCGCAAUGCUUAUGUGGGAAAUUGCAUCCGGAAAAACACCUUUUAAUGAAUGUGAAAAUGAUUAUGAACUUGCAAUGAAUAUUGUAAAUGGAAUGAGACCUAAAAUUGAGUCAGGCAUUAUUCCUUUAGAAUAUAAAAACUUGAUGUAA